AUGCGAAACGAGAAUCGCUGGAUGUAUUUGCCAAAAUCUGCUCAAGCCAAGGCUCCAGUCAAGACCCCCCUCCCCGACGACACGACGCCAAUUCCAACGCCUCAAAUUCCUCAAAUUCCCCAAAAAGCUCAAGCUCCGCUUCCUCUGGCUCAGGCUCCGCCCCCACCGCCACCACCACAUCUUGGCUCCUAUUAUGAUCUUCCUCCAAAUAUUACAGCUCCACCGAAGCUCAAACCUUCACCUCUGAAAAAUCAAGAUAUGGGUGGAAAUUCUCCAAUUAUCCCAUUGGAUCCAACUGAUGUGUCUUCAGAAGUCACGAAAAAAGACGCGUUGGCUCCGCCCACGUCUUCAGUGCCAACGUCUUCUGGUGUCUCUUCUGGAACCUUGACGUCGUCUGGAACCACUCCAACCACCUACACCACACCUCCAGAGACCACGCCUUCUGGAAAUUCGGAUUCUUCGUUCACAACUCCUCUAACGACUUCUUCUAACGCACGUCACCGGGAGAAGGCGUCAAACAGAAUGUUCAAUACGGUCAGGAUGAUAUUCAGCAACCGCCGCUCAAGAACCGGCUCGUGGCUCUUCGACUCCACCGGCUCCAACCGCUUCGAUUCGUCCGGACCGCCAUCCGGACCGUCCGCCAAGACCAAUUCGACUGUUUCGAGUUCAAUCUUAAAAACUGAUUCUUCAUACUAUAAAACGGCAUCUGUGGAGCAGUUUCCACACGGCGCAUUCACUUUUCAGUCUAAUUAA